CCUCUAGUGGUUGGAUUUGCGUUGACCUUCAGAGAGAGCUAGCAGUGGCCAUCUGCCUGUCACAGUGUGGGUGCAACAGCUGAUCAUGGUUGCCACAACACACAUGCCCUAUGGAUCCCUCUGUCACACUCUGUUGAACUUCACUCUCCUCUACUUCGCCCUCCAAUGCAUGUGCUUGCUCUUGUCUUAUCAGUCUAACAGCUGCCUUUUGGCUGUUGUCUGUGGCAGCUGUAACCCGCGUACACCCACUAAGCUAAUAAACACUCAGGCUUAUUCAAAACACGUGCAAACACUGCACACGGCAUGCCAGGGGAGGGUGAAGUGAGGUUGUUUUUCACCAUUAAUAAUAGAUUUUGAUACUUUGUCUGCGUGAACAGUGACUCAGGGUAAAAAAGGUGUCUAAAAAUAGCCCGGGCAUGUUAUAAAUAGGGUUAAACUAGAACUCACUAGUUUACAUUCAUGCCUUCAUGCCUCAUGCUAACAAAUACUGCACACCUCGGCAUUUUUCCGACAGUUGGACAUGACAUGAUCAUGUUGCAGAAGCACCCUGGCGUUUGACGGAGGUUGCCUUGCUAAAACACAGUAUUGCUUUUGUAUUUAAUCAUCUUCUGGAUUUUCCUCAUACUGUACACUGUAGGUUGUUUUCCUCAUUCCUAGGAAUAGUUGUCUUAUCAUGCUCUCAGUAAAUGACCUUAAGCAGCGUGAUUAAUUCGCUGGAAUAGGUCAUAUUCAACCAGGUCAUAAAGUUUGUUCCACGGAAAUCAAGGCUCAUAUUUCCUGUGAUAAAAUUACCAACAACAUCAGCCAUCAUAAAGGGCCAUAGAGAUAUUAAUGAAGUGAUUAGGCAUUUAUUUAGGCAGCCAUUGGUGCUGUCUGGCAUUUCAGCUAUGAGUUUUCAUGGGUUAAAUUGGGUUAAAUGUGCACAUCAAGGUGCUACUGAUUUGAUGUUCCAGUAUCUGCUGCUUGGAAAAGGCUGUAGAAGUUGACAUGGAGGUGGCUGAAUGGAAAGAAACUCCAUUUGUGGAUGACAGUGACAUUUGUCAUUGACAAAGGAGAAUCUGUUUGCAUUAAUAUUGAUCUGACGAGUAGCAUUGUCAUAAAUGUCUUUUUAAUGCAAAAUGGAGGAAAUUGUCCACUUGUGUAAUUUCUUGUUUGUUCUUGUAUGAAAAUCUCAAAGGAGAGUGUUUUCUCUUUUUCUUUUUAUGAAAUAAUAGUAGACAUAUGGUUGGUACAGUAUGUUUGUAUCUGGUUCUGCAAGGCUUGAGCAGUCUCACUGUGUAACACAUGUAAAACUUUACACUUAUGUAAACCCUUAUAGUCCCUUCAUUAUGUUGAGUUCCUUUGUUACACUCUAUUAGAAGCACACAUUGCAUAGCACUGUUCAGGCCGUGAGAACUGAUUAGCUCUUAGCAUUGUGUUAGCUCCAUCUCGCGUUCUCUGCCAUGUGUUCAUUCAUUUUGGUUUAGCCACGUCACUUCUGCCAACACUACACUCUGGCUGCUGAGCCUAAGGCCUUGGGUGUCUGAGCUUGUUUCUAUAGCAACGACAGAAGGACAAAGUAGAGGAGAGGAGGGGGAGAUGCUGACAUACGAAUGAAGGGCGGGAUCUGCUCUCUGCUGAUUGGUUGUAGGCAUUCUAAUCCCACCCACCCUACUGUGUCAUGAUUAUCAUCAUUUCUGCUGCAAAACCCGUGACUGCUGCUGCUGCUGCUGCUGCUCCUCACUCCCUCUCUGUAUCACUGUCUAUUGAGUCACUGUUAGAGAUGCGAUGGUCCAUGUGCAGAGCCAGGACUGUCAAUGAGCAGAGGAUGUUACGAAAGAGGAGGCACUCAAGGAGGCAAGAUAUCUACAGCGGACAAACUUGCAGGAGUUCUUGAUGCUAUAAAGGAUGGGGGCACAGGAGCAGAGAAGGUGACACAAUAGACUGAGGUAAACUGACGGACAGGAACGAAGGAAGAUAAUCUAAAGGUCAAUGAAAUGGCACAGACUCUCUUGCACAAUGGCUGAAAUAAUGAAGCAGUGAAGUGAGAAUGUUUUUUGUCUGCUGACAUCAGAUGAUGCAAGUACUGUGAUGUGGGAUGCAGAAACGGCACCUCUGCCACCACAAACAUGGAGUAUAAUAUGCUGAGUGUGGGAGCGGGGCAUAGAGGACGUGGCAUGCCCUGGGCUCUCUCACCAACAGCUGGCUACUACUAAGCUUGGGAUAACUGACCAUUGGCCACUAUUGCUUACUAAUACGUCUUCAGUGACAGCUGGUUAUCUCUAGGCAUGCUGGGAUGUUGCAUCAUCCCCAGAUGCUAAGUAUGCUGGGACAGUGACAGCUGUCAGUCAGAACAGUGACCAUGAAGAGACGAGGCCAGAGGUUUGUCAAGGCAGACUACUAUGAACUGGACUGGUACUAUGAAGAGUGUGCUGAUGUGCUGUGUGCAGACAGAGUGGGACAGAUGACGAAAACCUACAGUGACAUAGACGCUGUCACUCGACUGCUGGAGGAGAAAGAGCGUGACUUGGAGUUAGCGGCUCGUAUUGGGCAGUCACUGCUGAAGAAGAACAAAGCUCUCAGCGAGAGGAAUGAGCUGCUGGAGGAGCAAGUAGAGCACAUACGAGAAGAGGUGUCGCAGCUUCGUCACGACCUGUCCAUGAAAGAUGAGCUCUUGCAGUUCUACACCAGCGCUGCUGAGGAAAGCGAGGUGGAAUCCGCCACCUCGACACCUGUGCGGCUCAGUGAAACAAGUGCAUCACCUCCAACCUUCUUCCCCCUGGACUGUUUACAGAAGAAACUCAAGGAUCUGGAGGAAGAAAACAAAUCUUUACGAUUUGAGGCCAGUCAUUUGGAAACAGAAACGAUCUCCUAUGAGGAGAAAGAACAGCAACUUGUCAACGACUGUGUCAAAGAACUACGCGAUGCAAAUGUGCAGAUUUCCUCUCUGGCUGAGGAGCUGGCCAGAAAGACUGAAGACGCCUCCAGACAACAGGAAGAGAUCACACACCUACUCUCCCAAAUAGUAGACCUUCAAAAGAAGGCCAAGCUGUAUGCUGUGGAGAACGAAGAGCUGACUCAGCACUUGGGAGCAGCCAAAGAUGCCCAGCGACAACUGACUGCUGAGUUGCAGGAGUUGCAGGAAAAGUAUGCAGAGUGUAUGGAGAUGCUCCAUGAAGCUCAGGAGGAGCUGAAGAAUCUGAGGAAUAAAACUCUACCUCUCAGCACACCGAGGCGUUUCCACUCUCUGGGUUUGUUUCCAAUGGAUUCUCUGGCAGCAGAAAUAGAAGGCACCAUGAGAAAGGAACUUCAAAUGGAUGAUCCGGAUGUAGAGGAGCAGAGGCUGCACCCAAAGCGAGUGUUCCAGACGGUGAAGAACCUCAACCUGAUGCGUCAGCAGCGUUCAUCAUUAGCCCCCUCCCCUCUCAACAUCCCAGGCUCAAAUCAGACAUCGUGCUUCACCUCAGGGCGCUCCAGCCGGGUGGGCACGCCCCGUGCCAACUCCGUAUAUGGUAGCGAGACAGGAAGUGGGAUUUUCCUGGACAACAGAACAAGCAUCUUGGAAAGUUCAAGUGAUGGGUCUGAGGAUUCUAACAAACGGCCCCCUGGCACCCCAGGAACCCCAGGCAGCAGGGACCUGGAGGCAGCCUUGCGGCGUCUUUCCCUCCGUCGCGACAACUACCUCUCAGAGAAGCGUUUUUUUGAGGAGGAGAGGGAGAGAAAACUGGCUUAUCUGUCAAAAGAGGAAGAAAAGGGAGGUGGGCAGAGCAGUGGAGGCCCAAACACUCCGACCGAAAGCCUGUUGUCGCUGUGCUCGCAUCCCUCUCUCGGAAGCAUUUGGUCCGGAUACUCUUUCACAGCAAGAUCCUACCUGCCGGAGAAGCUGCAGAUUGUAAAGCCGCUAGAAGGCUCUGCUACGCUGCACGCAUGGCAGCAGCUGGCUCAACCCCACAUGGGAGCUCUGCUGGAUCAUCGGCCCGGCGUGGUCACCAAGGGCUUCCGCACAUUAGCGCAUGAUCUGGACCAGGAAGACGACUGGCAACUGGACCAACCAGAGGAGGAUGAGGCCUCCUGUGACUCGUUGAGCAGCUCGCUGGGGGAAAGCGCCGCGUGCUCGGCUCUGCCUCGCUCUACCUCUACGCCCUUGGUCCGUGGCGCUGAUGACGGGAGCCAGCCAAAAACAUUGUGUGGGGCCAAAGAUGAGACACUCGGGAAAGAUGGACACGCUGCGAACACGGGCCUUCCCUUCUCCAGCCCCUCGCUGUGCUCGGAGAUGAUGAACGGGCACGCGGACCUGAAGGAGGCCUUCCAGCCGGCCGCGGUGGAGCACAUGCCUGUUAAUUUCCCAGGGAAGUGUGUGUCGCAUACUAGCUCCACAUACACCUUCACCACCUGCAGGAUCCUCCACCCCUCUGAUCAGCUGACGUCUGUGUCUCCAAGCCCAGCUAUCGGCUCCUGUCAGAGCAGCGUUCACGUCGCCAGCGCCGCCCCCGCUUCCACGCCCACGAACGCGUCUGCCCCUCACACCCCGUCCUACACCCCCUGCUGCACCCCGCGGCGCCUCUCCCUGUCCCUGUCUCUGGCUGAAUCCUCCACCAACCUGAGGGACUCCACCAGGACCACUAGCACCUCCCUGGGCCUGGUGCGCCUCCUGCUGGAGCGCGGCAUCUCUGCCUCGGUGUACGAUCCUGGCAGCUGGGACCGCGGGCUGAACAUCGGCGCGGCGCCCACGGGAGCAGCGCCGGCGCCAAGACCCAGCGACGCAGCGGGGGAGCCCGAGGGCGGGCAUGUUGCCAGACGGCCAGACUCCCUCCUCCUCCUCCGGCCCUCCACCCCACCCGACUCCACGUCCUCCGCUGCUGCCGCCGCACGCCCCGUUUUUCGGUUCAGCCUGUCGCCCGACGACCCGCCGUACUACGACACCUUCCUGGCCUCGAAACCGGCCCGCACCAUCCUGAGGGAGGUGCUGGGGGAGGCGGACAGGGAGCGGGGGGCGCAGGCGGACGGCGACGACGGCCAAGCAGAGGUGCAGAACCUGCGGCUCGUGGACAAGCUGAAGCGCUUCCGCACCCUCUCGCCCCACUCGGCCUCGGCCUCGCCCGGGACUAACCUGUUCGGCACCAGCGGACUAGGGAGCAGUGCGCUGGGAGCAGGGCUUCCUGGAUUGAGCACGGGACUCAGGAGGAAUCGAACCUACCCGGCCCUGGUGGGGGCCAGCAUGGCUAUGAAAGAUCCAGGGGGACCCGCUAGCACAGACAUACUCAUAGCGCAGCCGACCCCAGAUACAACACACACACAAACAAGCAAAAUACAUUCGAAGGCCACACGGGUCAAAAACGCCAUACAUAUACCACAGACAUUACACGCUCUGGAAACAGUCACGCCACAGACCAUAAUACAGAGACACACUAGGCUGAAUGACGCACUGUGGGACUCAACAAGCAACGACCCAAAGCAAGACGAGGAAACUGUCCCAUAAAUAGGCAACAUUUAUUAUUCCGGUCCAAAUUACCUCAAACAAACUAACGACCAAACUGUACACACGCGCGCACACACUCAUAUAUUCACCCACUGCCAUACGUAUUUAAUGACAUCCUUCGGCUGAACAACCACCAUGAGCUGAAUUAAACUGCUGUGAAUUAAGCGUUAGUGGUCGCAACUGUUCCACUGUGGUAAACUUAUACUGUCAGACCAGAGUAAUGAGGAGGAAGCACGUUGCCUUGUGUCGUUUCUGUAUAUGCAAUAUAUUGUGUCCUAUGAAGGCUAACAUUAAAGGCCCAAUCUGGUGAGGGAACCGCAGCGCUCGUUCAUUAGCUCAACCGGGAGAAACAGCAGCAAAUAAGAGAGCUGCAGGUAACUUGCUUUUCCCUGAGGCAGUUCUUGAAAAGCCAAGGGUUGUACAGUAAUUCCAGGAGUACGCAUUUAUUACAGCAGUGUUACCGCUGCUGGAGGAAAGUGCCGUGCCACCAGUUGUUUGUAGCCUUAAUGGAAUAAAACUGUUGAGAGUCAAGCUGUUUUAAGUUCAAGGCUUUGAAUUAAAAAUAUGAUAUUUUUACAAAUAUCUGUGAGAGCACCAAGUGGCUGUUGGAGCCAUCACGUCCCCCAGAGUUCAGGCUGUGAGUCAACCAAAGCCUCGCCUUCUAAGCACCUUCAUGUUAUAUUUGGGCCACUGUGGUAUUUUUACCUUUAACUGUGUCUGCAUUGUGUUGCACUAGAGUUCACUUGACAUUAUGUCACACAUGGCAUUAGCACUAGAGAUUAUUUUUACCCUUUUCCUCCCCCUGCGUGUAAUCUAUACCUACAGCAUCCAGAUUGGGACUUUAAUGUGUCUUCUGGCUGUGACUGAAUGUUCUUAUGUGCCUAACCUAUAACACGCUGCACUCACAUCAUUUUAAUUGGCCUUUUGUGAGUAACGUGGCAGAGAAAAUCCGAACAAAUGUGCAAACGACUGUAUUUGCAUCUGAACGUGCUGAGGGAGACCCACGCAAGCUCAUUUGUGCCUGUGUCCAUUUGUGCUUCUUUGUCUUCUAAUGAGUUUGAGUGAAGCAUCACUGGAUUCAAGUCCACAGAGACACGCACAACAUAAAUAGGAAGAGAAGAACAGGUCCGAAACAAAAGACAGGCCUGCAGAGAGCACAAAGUGUUUGGUUUCAUCCCAUCCUUGGUGCACUUUCCUUGUUUCCAUACUCAUCUAGCUGAUGGAAACUGAGAUGGAGAAUAAUGAGAAACGUAAAAACGAUUCUAGUUAAUCGUGACAGAGGCGAUAAAUGGGCCUAAACGUUGUGAUCCACCAAAAAACAACUGUAACGCAAAACCAGAUGUUUAGUGUUGUGCUGGUAUAAACAUGAUGAUCAUGAUAUGUACAGUGUGUAUACAGUACAUAUUCACAUCAUGUAAUUUAACACUACCACAUAUGGCUAGUAUAAGCUUAUAUAAGUAUAAGCAAAGCAAUAUUACGCCUAUUGAGUCUUGGAGGUUUCUGAAUGUAACUGUAAGAACAGUGAUUUGAAUUAUCCAGAUGUUGGUUCAGGAAUUAAAGGCUGCGUUUUUGUCACAGCUUGUUUCUGUUGAGUUUUUGUGCCACGUCCAGUUUCCACCUCAGAGAUGACGGUCACACAUUUUGUAGUCUUUGCUGGGAUGUAUUUUUAAAAAAAGGACAUAAAACUUUCCUGGACACUGAAACGCCUCUGCUCACAUCUGAACCCCAGCGCAGGUGGAUAUUUUUGGUACUUAUACCGACCAUCAUCAAAAUCUGAGGCUGGACUUUGAGACUGGGCCUGUGACUCAGUAGCUGUGACGAGUCUAUCCUUAAUGAUUAAGGGAUUACACGAGCAAUGUAUUAAAAUGGGAAAUGAAAAUAUCUAUGAUUACAUAUUUGUAUUAGUAGGAGCAUGCACAUGACUGAAACAUGUGUUGCAGUGAAGGACUUGAGUCACAGACAUUUGUAACAUGUGUUGUUUUAGAGGCUUCUCACUGAUUGGAAAACGACUUUUUAGAAACUUUGCCAUAUAAACAGUGGGUUCGGUUCGAUGCCUACAAGCUCACGCUGCUCAGUGCUUCAUCAAUGUUUCAUGUCUUCAUAUUUCAUGCACAUAUUGUUAUUUAUGUUUAUAUUAAGCAGUAUUCAUGAUACUGAGAACAAAGACUGAGGCCACAACGAGGUGUGUGUGUGUGUGUGUGUGUGUGUGUGUGUGUGUGUGUGUGUGUGUGUGUGUGUGUGUGUGUGUGUGUGUGUGUGUGUGUGUGUGUGUGUACUAAGUCUAUUGAAUGUAAGUUAUUGCACACUGUAAUCCUGCUGUAAGGCCAUAUUUGUGUACAGUAUGUUGAUUAGUUUGUGUUAACCUCAUAAAGGGGAACCGUUAUUACAUUGUAAAUUUAUGCAGCACAUGCAGAAUCAUACUAACGUUUCAUUAAGAAAAAUUAACAACAGAGAAAAAGGGAAAUAGAACAAUUUGUUUUGAUUACAUAAAAGGAAACUUUUUCUGAUUUGGGACUGAAAUGUUCUAUUCUACAGAACAGACUUUACUGUCAAUAAAACAGUUAUACAAAUUCA